AUCUUUGAGAAGCUCUUGUACCACCCAGGAGCUUAUCGCCACCUUCUAGACAACGCUUGUACCUACUUACAUCCUGAAACAUGACUACAGAGGCACAAAUUCUUGAAGCAGCACGCCGUCUCAAUAAGGUGACAUUCAAAACACCUCACUCACCACACAGGGGAGUAAGUGAAUUAGCAGCAGGGUUCUCGCCCUCCGAGACUGUCAGUUUAGAGUCUCUAAUAUGCUCUAUACGCGACAGAGAUACUCGCAGCUCACAGGGCAAGAUCUCGAUUCUUGAAAGUGCCAAGGAGAUUGUACGGCAAUUGGAGAGCCCAGACGGGCGAGCAAUGGAACUUCUCAUGUCAUUCUCCAUCGUACCGACCUUGAAGAUCGCUAUGGAUAUGGGUGUCUUCAAGAUGCUAGCCAUCCGUAGCCGAAUAACAGCAUCCGAGAUUGCACAUCAAGCCAAAGCAGAGGAGGAGUUUGUUGUCCGGAUAAUGCGCGUACUUGUAUCUAUCGGUGUAGUUACCAUUCUCUCUGUCCGUACAUAUGGAUCGACCCGGCUCUCCGAUUUCUUCACUGUACCAGCAAAUGCUGCUGGGAUAUGUGUUGUUAACGACCAAGCCCUUCGUGCUGUGUCACGGUUCUCCGAGUACGCCGCCGCCCACUCCUACCACAACCCGACAAACACGCUUACAGGCCCUUUCCAAUUUGCACUUAACACCUUUGAAUCCUGGUUCUCCUGGCUCUCCACACGCCCUCACGAAGCUGCAAACUUUAACCUGUUCAUGACUGGCUUCCGCAACAGCAAGCCUGCUUGGCCCAUGCAAUUUCCCGCAGAGAGCAUCAUCUUCAGCGGUAUUCCUUCUAGCCAGGACAGCAGCGUCACAGUUGUUGACGUUGGCGGCGGCUUUGGCCAUGACCUAAGUCUCUUUGCCGAGAAGAGUACACGCAAGCCUGGAAGACUCGUCUGUCAAGACCAAGAAUCUGUCAUAGCUACCGUCCCGUCAGAGCUAGCUGCUGGGAUCGAAUUUGUCGCACACGACUUCUUUAGAGAACAGCCAGUGAGGGGUGCCCGAGCGUAUUUGCUUAAGCACAUCUGCCAUGACUGGCCACAUGCCCUGGCACUCUCGAUCCUGAAAAAUAUCAAGGUUGCUAUGGAGCCUGGGUACUCCAAGAUAUUGAUUAUGGAUCUGGUGAUGCCGGAGGGAAAGGUGCCGCUGGCUGCUGCAAGUCUUGAUGUCGCUAUGAUGACGGGCUUCUCUGGGGCUGAGAGAGAAGAAAAACUAUGGAUGGAAUUAGUGGACGAUGCAGGACUGAGCGUGAGGAAAAUCUGGAAGGGGCAGGAUGGAGAUGGACUAUUAGAGGUUGUUCUGGAAGAAGACAAAGACGACAUAACUACAAAGCCUAGACUGACAAUAGCGGGUUGA